UUUGGGUGCUGUGAGAACUGGGCAGGACACCGGACUCUAGAAGCAGGCGUAAGCAAGAGGCUGGAGAAGCUCAGAGAGCAACCUAGAGAGAAGCACAUUGUUCACCGGUGUGGCAGGUGGUACUUUUCCACCGAGAUGAAUUCCACGAGUGAGAGCAUAUCAAGAAUACACAUGCAAGGCAUCACCACUGGAAAGCGGACCUUCCACAUUUGAGGGGGCCGGUUUGCGGCUGCCUUGCAGAUGUUGUCCCUUCCACAGACCUGCCCCACUAGGUGGCAGUAUGAGUCUCAGAGACCCCGAAAAUGAUCUCCGCGGCUUCGUAACAGGGAAAGGCAGCUAAAUGGCACCUGUGCUGGCUCAGUGGACAUGGAACUCUUCCUCCAUUACUCCCUCAUCCCUUCACUUUGCAUCAUUUUGAUCUUGUCCUUUCUCCAAAGACGACAGCACUGUAGACAGAGAGAUGACACUUCCUACCUCCUGGGGAACCACUUUGGAAUUGUCAUACCUCUGGACUUCGUGGGCACUUUUAGUAACCGAUGGUCCUAUGGGAUCGCCUUUGGGGCCACAGCCAAUAAGGUCAUGUUCUUGUUCUCAGAAGGCUACCAGCCCCUGCAGGUCCCGCAGUGGGCCCAAGCCUUUGUGCUUCUGAUCGGAGGCGUUGAAGUCGGCCUGUCCCACUUCCCCUUUUUUGCCUGCCUCUCCUCGGAGUUCCAACUGGUCAGCUCCAUCCUGGGCUUCAGCUACUCUCUGAUCUGGUUCGCUGUUACCGUCCUUCACAUCGCACAGUGUCCCCACGGAAGGUUUUUGGGGAGGUACGAGGCCAUCAUGUUCUCCUGGCCCUCCCUGCUCUGCCUGUCCUUCCUGCUGGGCCGCUUCCUACACAUGUUUGUCAAGUGUCUGAGGGUCCACCUGGGCUGGGAGCUCCCGAUGGAAGAAAAGCCAUUCCUGGAACCUCACCAGGCAGAGCAUGUCAAACAGCUCCUGCGGAAGCCGAGCCUGCAAGAGGGAAAAAAGUCUUGGUUCCAAACCAGGAUAUACGAGUGGGACCCCUGCUUUCAGUUCCCAAGCCGAAUGAUUGGAACCGUGGUGUUGGCUUUCAUCUGCCUGUACCUUUUCAUUGUCAUUGAGUUCUGCAUGUUCGUGUACGUGAGAGAUAAGCUGGAUGUGUUUGAAGGCGAGUUAGAGAGCUACAUUGCCUCCAUGAACCAGACCGGGACCCUGACCCCAGUCAUCCUGCAGGUGAAAGAGCUGAUAAACAGCUCCAAAGGAGUUUGGGUGGUUACCAUUUUGCCUGCUUCCCUCACGUGUGUGACUUAUCUCUUCCACAUCUUGGCUUGUUACAGAAAGCACAUGAAGAGGUUGUGGGCAGGAAAUAAACACUUCCUCCCCCUGAAGUUCCAUAGCCCUUCCUCAUCAGAAAGUGUGGUGGCCAUUGCAAGGUACUCUGGCUGGCAAAUAGCCUACAUUUUGUGGGGCUACCUCAUUAUCCACGUGGUGCAGAGCUUAUUUGGCAUGGUGAUCAUGUACAGCCUGGUGUUGCCCGUCAUCCACAACCAGGGCCUAGAGAUGCUCCACAGACUGGGCAUCAGCAUCCUCACCAUAUCCAUCGUCCUGGGUCUCAUGAUCAUGCAGGUAUGGAUUGCCUCCAGCUUCUUCCUACAGCCAAAGAUGGGCACAGCUGACAAGCAGAAGCCCUUGGCACUCAACAACAGGAAGGCGUUCCACAACUUCAACUACUUUCUGUUCUUCUACAACGUGCUGCUGGGCCUGGGCGCCUGCCUUUCCAGGCUGCUCAUCAGCUGCAUCCUGGGCACGUGGAUGAUUGCCCGCAUUGACAGGACCAUCAUGCAGCAUGGCUAUGAGGGAGCAGACAUGGGGUUCGGUGCGUGGAUUGGCAUGCUCUACGUGGACCAUCAUCACACCAACCCUGUGCUCGUCAGUUUUUGUCACAUCCUGAUCACAGGCCACAGGGAGAGGAAGCUGCAGCAAGCCAUCAAGUACGGGCACCUAAAUCAGUUGGCAGGUCCCUGCAUCUCAACUAGGUCCAGGACAAGGUGGCUCCUGCUGCAGACCCUGAUCAACAACCCCAAACUGGCCAUGCUCAGAAAAUCAAAACCGGGUCAUGGCUCCCGGGAGUUCAUCCAGAUCCUGCCGAUGUGCUCGGAGAGCUGGCACUGACCUCUGACAGUGCUCCAAGGCCGUUCCAGGAUGACUGCCCCGAGAGAAGGCCCAGGCUACGCCGCAGCUGCCCCGCCUGCGGUGGG